AUGGAUCCAAAAAACAACAUGUUCUUUUGCAGCAACACACGGAUGGAACACAGAAGAGUAGGCAGCAAUUACCCCUACAUGUGCAGAGAAAAAAGUUACGAUUAUGAGAGGCACCCAGAUAUUGUGUCGCUUAUUCUAUCCAUGCUCCCUUUGUUAAUAACAACGGGGAUUCACCUUUUGAUAAAUACAAAUGGUUACUACAUUGGGAAUUUAUUCCUAAUGAUAACUUAUUUAUUUUCUUUUUUUUUCUUCAUUUUGUAUUAUUAUAAUUCUUACGCAGUUUUUGUCCUCUUUGUGUUUUUCUCCUUUUUCAUAUCCUUGUGUUUACACGAAUUUGCCCACGCGCUUGUUGCAUACAAAUACGGCGACAUUACGAUGGUUUACAAAGGCUACCUCUAUCUGGAUAUAGUAAAUUAUUUAGACAUUUUUCACACUCUCGUAAUACCAUUAAUAACGCUGCUUACAACAGGCUUUGGGUUACCAGGAAAUUUAUACUGGCUGCAACUACACUUUAUAAGAAGCAGAUUUCAGAUGUCUUUAAUUUAUUUAUCGGGCCCCAUAUCAGACAUUUUGUGUAUCCUGGUACUUGUUUUUUUUUACAAUUUUUACUCAUACUUUAAGAAUAGCAAAAAUUUAAGUGUGCAGCCGCACUCGAUUUUAUUUAUAUCUCUUGCGACCGCUGCUUCCGUCCUGGUGGAUUCCUUUCUUUUAAACAUUUGUCCAAUUUUUGGCUUUGACGGAUGGGGAAUCUUGGAGCCCUACCUUCCCUACUGUCUGAAUACCCUAAUCAAUGAAGAAAUUGUGAACACCUAUUUGUCUUACGUAUGUCCCCUCCUGGUUUUUAUAUAUUUCAACUUUAUCGAAACCAAGUACUUCUUCUUCACAAGGAUUGUUAACUUUAUAUUGGGGCGCAUUCUCGGAAUUGAGAUUUCGCACGUGACAAUUGGAGUUAACGCCUUUCCGACGUUAUUUGCGUACCUCAGAAAUGUGUAA